AAUUAUAAGAUGUUGAUCUCUACAAUUGCUGCUCUGGUGCUGGGAUUGAUCGUCCACCUCUAUGUUUCUCUAGUGGCAAAGCCCACUAAGAUACAAAAGGUGUUGAAUAAACAAGGGAUCAACGGGCCUCCACCAAAAAUCCUGCUCGGCAACAUCCUCGAGAUCAAGAAAUCCCGGGAUGCAGCCGCCGCGAACACGGCUUCCGAAUCUGGGCCGCCAGCCCUCCAUAACACCACCUCAGUGCUCCCAUUCUUAGAGCAAUGGAGAAAGAAAUACGGUAAAACGUUCACGUUUUCUCUGGGACAUCUGCAAGUGCUAUACGUGAGCGAUCCGAAUAUGGUGAAGGAGAUCGCAACAACGACGUCCCACGACUUAGGGAAGCCUGCUUACCUUCAGAAAACACUUGGCCCUCUUCUUGGGCAGGGCAUCUUGACAUCCAACGGUCCAAUCUGGGCACGACAAAGAAAGAUCAUUGCUCCCGAGUUGUUCUUCGACAAAGUUAGGGGGAUGAUGAUCAUAAUCACUGAAUCGGCCGACACUGUGGUAAAUACAUGGAAGCAAGAAAUCGAAGCCAACAACAGUGGAGUUCGUGACAUCGUUGUGGACAGUUACAUGAAGAGAUUUUCGGGAGAUAUUAUUUCGAGAGCUUGUUUUGGGAGUAAUUAUACUAAAGGGCGUGACAUUUUCUUGAAGCUUGACACUCUCCAAAAGCUUGUGUCCAAGAAAUUUACGGCUGUUGGGCUUCCCGGAUUAAGGCAUCUUCCGACAAAGAGCAAUAGGAAGAUAUGGGCUUUGGAGAAGGAAAUUGGGACAUCAAUAUUGAAGCUUGUAAAGGAGAGAGAAGAAGCUGGAUACGAGAAGGAUUUGCUGCAAACUCUGAUUGAAGGAGCAAAGGGGACUUAUUCAACAUCGUCUGCGAUGGAUCAGUUCGUCGUUGAUAACUGCAGGAUCAUAUACUUAGCUGGCUUCGAGACAUCUGCCAUUUCAGCUUCUUGGUGUCUAAUGUUGUUAGCUUCGAACCCCGAGUGGCAAACGCGCAUUCGGGAAGAAGUGGAGCAAGUAUGUCGGGGCCGAGUCCCUGACGUAGACAUGCUACGUGAGAUGAAUCAGCUACACAUGGUGAUUCAAGAAACAAUGAGGUUGUAUCCCCCGACGCCAUCCCUGAGUAGGGAGGUGGCGAAAGACACGAAGAUAGGGAACGUGCAUGUGCCUAAGGGCGUGAUCUUGUGGAUCAUGGUGGCCACGUUGCAUACGGACCCUGACAUAUGGGGUCCGGAUGCACUCCAAUUCAAGCCAGAGAGGUUCCAAAAUGGAAUCUCUGGUGCGUGCAAGAGCCUUAAUUGCUACAUGCCCUUCGGGUUUGGACCACGUGUGUGUGUUGGGCAACAUCUGGCCAUGGUGGAGCUUAAGUACUUCAUGGCUCUAAUCAUCUCCAACUUCUCCUUCACUUUGUCUCCCAAAUAUGUCCAUAAGCCAGAGUUUACCACCAUGAUAGAGCCUAAGCAUGGCGUUAACAUUUUAAUUAGCAAGAUUUAAUU